AUGCCCACCAUUCUGCCAGAAGUGCCCUCUGCUGCCGAGACCGAAGCGAUGAUUUCACAGGCGAAGAGCAUGGUUGAAGACGCCAUCAAGGCCCAGGCUGAUAAUACUCCUGGAGAGUCUACGUCUGUUAAGGUGACCAAGAAGCGCAAGUCCGAGGAUGACGAGGAUGAAGAGACCUCAGCCGAAUCUUCCCAGCGGGCCAAGAGGGCCAAGGUCCUUGAGGCCAAGCUGAAGAAGGAGCGUGUGCGCAACCGCUCGAUCUUCGGUGUUUCCGUGGCCUUUGCACUUGCGUAUGUCAUCCUUUCCACCAUCCCCCGAGCCAAUACUGACAUACUGCACAGUGCUUCCAUCCCGUACUUCUUCUAA